ACCCAGGUCGAUAGUGGGUGUAACAGAGAUAACGAGAUAAAGUUAAACAAGGUGGUGGAAGAUAAUAAAGUUGGGCAAAAUAGGAGGGAAGGAGAGGGAGAGAAAGAGAGACAAAGAGUUGACGAGUAAAAGCAGGGGCUGUUCCUGCUCCGACCGGUCCGAAAGCUUUUGAACGUGCAGUCGUGUGCUUACAGCUGAUCGCAAAGAGAAACUCAGCCUGGACGAUGUCACAGUGACAGCAUAUAUCUCGUGGUUUUCCCUUUGCUUUUUCCGAUCGAUAGAUACGAAAGCGAGCUGCCUUGCUGCCUCUUUCUCCGGAAUUGGAGCUCGCGAUUAAAAAGUGUUUGGGAAAAGUAACUUUUGCGACAUGAUUAAAAAACGGUGAUAGGGCGAGCUCCUUAUGAGAAAAUUUGAGUGCAGCUUUUAGAAUUUAAAGGAGACUUUCGACACGUAGAAGAGUUCUGUGGACCGAGGAUUCGCGGUGAAGAAACAGUGACUCUUUCGAAGGGCGACGAAAAGCAUGUAUUUCUUCACUUUUUAAUAGCCAUUGAUCUCGUUCUUUUUUUCCUUCAUCCUCCAACGAAUGUUGGGCUUUUGGAUUAAUAAAAUUAGUCACAUAGACACGAGAACGUUUAACGUCACGUUGCACGUAUGCAAUAAUCAACCAACGACCUCCUCCUUCUCCUCGUCGCUCUCGUCAACGUUCUUCGAAAAUCUUCAUAUCAACAAUUGUUACGUACAAUGGCCAGUGAAAAGCUACAGCACAGAACUACGCUGCCAGCUCCGGGACACUCGGAGGUGAAUCUGUGCUCGGUUUUAUCGCUGGGCAAAGAUCUGAGCAAGAUCACAAUGCCUGUCGUAUUCAACGAGCCACUCUCGUUUCUUCAACGGGUCGCCGAGUACAUGGAGUACGCGAAGUUACUUAAAAUCGCUGCGAUGGAGCAGAAUCCCGUCAGCAGAUUGCAAUACGUCGCUGCAUUCGCGGUUAGCGCUCUUGCAUCGAAUUGGGAUCGACUGGGAAAGCCUUUCAAUCCUCUCCUCGGCGAGACUUACGAACUGCAGCGAGAAGACUUCCGCAUCGUGUGCGAACAGGUGUCUCACCAUCCUCCCGUCUCAGCGUUUCAUGCCGACAGCGAUGGCUUCGUUUUUCACGGGAGUAUUCACCCCAAACUCAAGUUCUGGGGCAAAUCGAUCGAAGUACAUCCCAAAGGAAUCGUGACUGUCGAAUUACCGAAAUGGAAAGAAGCCUACACCUGGCAAAACGUAAAUUGCAUAUUGCACAACGUGCUCGUCGGUCAACUUUGGAUAGAACAACUCGGAGCCCUCGAGGUCAAGCAAUAUGGUGGUGCGAAUUUAAAAGCCACGUUGUCUUUCAAGAGUGCUGGAUGGAACGGCAAAGACCUUCACCGAGUCGAGGGCUUCAUCACGGAUCCCGACAAGAAAAAAUUGGUAUUUAUCUACGGUAAAUGGACGGAGAAUCUUCGUGCUUGCGAUCCAGCUCUGUACGAAGAAACGAUCGACAGGAUAAAGCGCGAGGCGAAAAGUCCUCAAGGAAGCCCAGGGCACAAAAAGGUACUCGCGAGAUUUCACAGUCUCAGAGUGACGGCCUUCAAGCCAUCGCAUCAGGAGUCGAUCGACGAGGCCUCCGCUGAUGGCGAGGACUGUCCACCGAUCGAUGAAAUUCCCAACUCGACGACACUCUGGGAAGCUGCACCGAGACCACCGAACAGCGCGGAAUAUUAUCAAUUCACGAGCUUCGCGAUGUCUCUGAAUGAGAUGGAUCCUGGAAUGGGAAAGACACUCUGCCCGACGGAUUCGAGAUUGCGUCCGGACAUCAGGAAAUUAGAAAUGGGUGAUCAGGAUGGUGCGGCAGCCGAGAAAAUUAGACUCGAGGAGAAGCAACGGGAUUCGCGCAAAACGAAAAAGCACAAAAAGGGAACCGAUGCGAUACCAAGGUGGUUCCAGGCUGCUACGAAUCCGUACACGGGUCAGGAGGACUGGCUUUACACGGGAGGCUACUGGGACCGGAAUUAUUCUGAGAUCGAAGACAUAUUUUAAUGUUCUCUAAUCGAGACACGAAAUGAUGUUCGAUAUAGUAAAUAAAUACGUAAAUCCUGAUGAAGGAUUUAAUAAGAACUCGAUCGCGCAAAGGAGAAUUGAGGCGAAUGGAAUUUCCCCAGGGAGCGAAUCCAAUUUUCUGGGGUAAAAAGGUUCAAAGGCAGGAGAAGAGAGACAGAAGCGAACAAUUGCUAAAUCGACGUGGAAGUUUUCAUCGAAGUAGGUUCAAUUUAAAAAUGAAAUAUAGACAGAGAAAGUAAGCAGGAAGAAAUAGGAUCAAAGUGGUGCAGAAACUUUGAGGUUAUUUGAAAGAGACUCUGCUGGAAGAAGAACAUCCCCCGAUGAAAAGAAAAAUGAUGAAAUCGAAAGAGCCAAGCUACAAUCGAGUCCGGACGAUGCCAUGAAAAAGGCAACGAAUGAAAAUAUUUGUGUCGAGUUCCUGACAACAAUGGAAAAUUCAAAAUAUUCCAUUCAACGUAGCAAACUUGAAAAGCGAUUCUGCGAUCGUUUAGAUAAAUCAGUGUCUAUUUAUUAAAGCAAAAACAACAAUAAAAAAAAAAACAAACAAAUUCAUACCAACAAUUGAGGGGAAACCCUAAUUAUCUGAAACUGCGAUGAAAACGAUUUAGAAAUGAAAACAAAGACACAAAUUAUACACGAGAAAACAAUCGAGAGGUUUGAGGUGUUUCCAUUACGAUACGCAUAACCUCUAUUUUCAUCGAGUGAAUUGUAAAUAAACGCGCAAAUGAGACGAUAAAACCAACGUAGAAAUUAUGCAGUAACUUGGAAUUUCGAUGAAGAGUUUCCAAAUAUUUCCAAUUAUCUCUCCUCUAUAGAUGAUAUUAUUUCCAUCGAUAGCAAUUUAAUGAAAGAACCCGGCGUACGAGACUCUUCCAAAAUAUUCAGUUGACUAGAUUUAUCGAAAAAAAACAACACCGGAAUCUCUUCUCGCUUGCCUACACGAUGAGCUGGAAUUUUUUGCACGUUUUGCCUCACGAAAUUUCUCCUCUCGCUAUUUUUAUAAAAGAGAAAACACGAAGAAAAGCAAAAAACAGAAAUUCCAACGACAUAUACAAUAGAGUAAUGUAAACAUGCCGGCAUAUAGGGACAGCUUCAUGUCGUCGAAAUUCAGUGUACAUAAGAGUAUGAAUGAUGUGUGACGACUGAAUCGAUUUUGCAAACCCAAAGAAAACGAUCCAUUGAGAAAAUUUUCAUCUUUCUCGUCAUAUUUUUUUAUGACGAAAUUCUAGCGGAGUAAAAUGAAUAGUAAAAAGAACAAAACAAAAAAAAAAGACAAAGAACUUUUGCUAUAAUUUUCGCGUAGCAAAAAAGCCUGUUUGAUACUCCAUGUGCCAAUGAAAGAGAGUCAGAGAAAGAAACGAAGAUAAACUAUAGAAAAUGAAAAAAAAAUCAAUUUCGUAGAGCAGCUUUUCUUAUCGACACAAACGACCUUGUCCAACCACAAUUGAAAUUUGUAUAUGCUCUCCGAAACCUCAAGCACACGCGUAUGAAUCUCAUCACAGCUCCGUCAAAAUGCGUCGAGCUCGGAAUUCAUUCGAGACGAGUCAAAUUGACACUAGUUCAUGUAGUAAUAUAGAUAUAUUUAGUGAAGUGUAGUGAAAAACAAAGAAAAAUACGAAGAAUUAUGACGAAAGCGUUUGAAGGAACGUCGAUUAUUAAAGAUUCGUUGAGCGAAUCGUCAACUCCAUUAGGGAAUAAAUUCUACUAGAAUUAAUGAUAAAAAAUACCAGCAACGAGUACGUCAAUAGUCAGUGCACAGCGUACAGGGCAAUAUUGUAUUAAUGAAACUGUCACACACAAACACAUUGCAGACACACAACAUAUAACAGGGACUUCAAUUUUUGCUUAGCAGGUUAAGGGCAUUAAUUAUCAGAGUACUGGCCUUACAGUCAAGUCGAGAAAGUAGUAUAUUUUUGAAAAACUGUUUUUCUUUCCUUUGUUUUUGUCCCCCCAUACGUGAACAAUACUUAAACGAGCUUCUCAAAGAGACUGUUUAUUUUUCAACUUGAGGAUCAAUGACGCAUGUCUCUCAGCCAAAAAUUUAAUUGUAUCGGAAGUUCUAAACCUUGUGAUUUGAGAAAUAUUUGAAAUAAUUGAUUCGUCUCUGCAACUUUGCAAAUGCUGAGUUUUCGUAGCAAUAUUUUUUGGAAAAUGAUCGACAUGGCAUAAUUCAAAUGAAACAAUCUUCAAGAAACACUCAAUUUCCAUUUUCAAAUGAAGUGGGUUUGUUCAAAUUCAAAUGAAGAUGAUUUUUCAAAUAGAAUGGGGUUGAUUGUUUGCAGAUCUUUUCCAAAUUGACGAAUAACAAGAUUUUCAUGAAGUAAAAUUGUUGGCACAGAUACGUAUGAGUCACCGAUCCUUAAAGUGUAUCAAGAAAAAUACAAUAAAAUCUUUAAUAAAUGCAUUGAAAAAGUAAAUCAUAAUAGUCAUGAUUUCUGUAAAGGAGCUUCAGCCGAUCACUUUCAUUUUUCCAUGGAAUUCAUGAUAAUUGCUGCGAAAGUUCAAUUUUUCUACUCGCUGAAUUAUACAUAAUUUUUUAAAAAACUUUUUCAGAACAGUUUUUAGAAAUUUACCACUUUUUGUGUCAUUUCUGUACGACAAGUACAAAACUCAAGGGGAUGUUCGAAAGUCAUUAAAUUUGUCAAAAAACCUUAAUCGCAAUGAAAAUCCCAAAGACAUGAUGCUGGCUGUGUUCACAAUUAGAUGAAAAUCUAAAAAGUUUGUCAAAGAUCCAUUUUUCAUGGGGCAAGAAAAUUGAUUGGUCAAUUUUAACUUCUCACCUUUAGUUGAAUGAUACGAACAAUAUCUUCCGUAAACAGACAAUCAUUUCAAAUGAUCUUCCAUAGGAGAAUUUUUUAUGAUCCUUUUUUGGUUGAACAAAUAAAAUACGUUAACAACUUGGUUUAUUUUCGUUUGAAAUUUCAAUAAGUAACACCCCUUAAAGGAUUCAACAAAAAUAGACAUUCCUCUAUAAAAAUGAUAGGAAAAAUUUUAAAAUGAUGAAAAAAAAGAGUGAAGUAUAUUGAUUAUUGAUAUGUCACAUAAUUUUAUAUAUUGUACAAUUAUUUAUUGAUUAUAUAUUCUAUAAUUAAAAUGUAAUUGUUGACCAUGAGAAAUGUGUAGGAAAAAAAAAUGAACAUUGCGGAAUGACAUUUUGGGUACCUGCGAUUUAAUGUUGUUCAUUAUAGCAAGUAAUAUAUAUUAAUUGUAUGUGUGUAGUUUAUUGAAUUCAACAAAAUUCGCACAGCUUCGCGAUGAUAACUUUUUAGCGAAUGUGAGACAAAAAUCUGAAAACCGGUAACAAAGAUCGAGUGAUUUCGUUGUUACCUGAGAAUUAUUGCAGUGAAAUUACUUUUGUUCAAAAGAAAAAUAAGUAAAUUAUGUGUAAUUGUACAUAGUUGAAAUUAUAUUAAUUAUGAGAAAUAAAUAAAUGUUGGUUUACGAAAAAAUGAAA